UUAUAGUAGAAACCACUAAAGGCCCUAAGUUUUCUGGCUGGGAAAAAAUCCUCAUCUCAUCUCUUCUUGACGACCCUGAUAAUAAUUAAGUAGCAUCUCAAGAUAAAAGACGAACACAUAUAGGAAUACCUACUGUAUAGACUAGCAAAAUUUUCAUUUUUUAAAACUUGGAUUAAUUGAUUGACGCCAGGCACAGCACAAUUUAAGGCUAAAUGUGUCGAUCAGGCUAAAUACCAUCAAUGGAUUCGAUUAGCCUAGGUGAAGGAUGGAGUGGUGAUCCGAUCUGUAUUUCCCAUGAAAAAUUAUGGAGAUCUGAAUCAGAUCGAAUCCAGAUGACUAUGGAUGAAAAAUAUGUACAGAGUAUCUGGACAUUGCUCAAAAAUGCUAUUCAAGAAAUUCAAAAGAAAAAUAAUAGUGGACUAAGUUUUGAGGAACUGUACAGAAAUGCAUACACAAUGAUUUUACAUAAACAUGGUGAAAGACUAUAUACAGGACUUAGGGAAGUAGUUACAGAUCAUCUAAUUAAUAAGGUUCGAGCAGAUGUCUUAGCUGCCUUACAUAACAAUUUUUUACAAACAUUGAACCAAGCGUGGAAUGAUCAUCAAACUAGUAUGGUAAUGAUUAGAGAUAUUUUAAUGUAUAUGGAUCGUGUAUAUGUUCAACAGAAUAAUGUAGAUAAUGUGUAUAAUUUGGGUUUGAUAAUUUUUCGAGAUCAAGUUGUCCGCUAUGGAUGUAUUAGAGACCACUUACGUGAAACUUUGUUAGAUAUGGUAAUGAGAGAAAGAAGAGGAGAAGUAGUAGAUAGACUUGCGAUUAAAAAUGCUUGUCAAAUGCUCAUAAUUCUAGGAAUAGACUCAAAUGCAGUAUAUGAUGAAGAUUAUGAAAGGCCUUUUUUAGCACAGUCUGCUGAAUUUUACAGAAUGGAAAGUCAAAAAUUUUUAGCAGAAAAUAGUGCAUCCGUAUAUAUAAAAAAGGUUGAACAAAGAAUACAUGAAGAAGCAGAACGUGCUAAACAUUAUUUAGGCGAAACAACGGAAAAAAGAAUUGUUGAAGUAGUAGAAGAAGAACUGAUUAGUAAACAUAUGAAAACAGUUGUAGAGAUGGAGAAUUCAGGAGUUGUCCAUAUGCUUAAAAAUCAGAAGACUGAAGAUUUAGCCUGCAUGUAUAAACUAUUUAGUAGAGUAGAUGAUGGUUUAAAAACAAUGGCUGAAUGUGUAAGUUCAUAUCUUAGAGAACAAGGAAAGGCUUUAGUUACUGAAGAUGAAGGUGGUAAAGGAGAUGCAUUAUCAUUUGUCCAGAGUCUAUUGGAUCUGAAAGAUAGAUUUGAUCAUUUUUUAUAUCAUUCAUUUAAUUCUGAUAGAUAUUUUAAACAAAUGAUUGCUAGUGAUUUUGAAUAUUUUUUAAAUUUGAAUCCAAAAUCGCCAGAAUAUUUGUCAUUAUUUAUUGAUGAUAAGUUAAAGAAAGGAGUCAAAGGUAUGACUGAACAAGAAAUAGAACAUGUUUUAGAUAAAACAAUGGUUUUGUUCAGAUAUCUACAAGAAAAAGAUGUUUUUGAACGAUAUUACAAACAACAUUUAGCAAAGCGUCUUUUAUUAAACAAAAGCGUGUCUGAUGAUUCUGAAAAAAACAUGAUAUCAAAACUAAAGACUGAAUGUGGUUGCCAGUUUACUUCAAAAUUAGAAGGAAUGUUUAAAGAUAUGUCUGUAUCUAAUACGAUGAUGGAAGAAUUUAAGAAACGUGUUCAAGAGUCAGGUAUGUCAAUACAUUUUUAUAGAUUUUACUUAGCAAAACAUAGUGGAAGACAACUGACUCUUCAACCUCAACUUGGAUGGGCUGAUUUAAAUGCAGUAUUUUAUGGCCCUCGUAAAGAAGAGACGGAUAGCAAGGAUGGGUCAACUGCAGCAGCAGCAGCAUCAUCAUCUUCCUUAUCUUCCCCGACUUCUACAUCUGAUAGAACCUGUAUGCCAAGGAAGCACAUUAUACAAGUCUCGACGUAUCAGAUGUGCAUUUUAAUGUUGUUUAAUUCUAGAGAGCGUGCUUCUUAUGAAGAAAUAUCUAAUGAAACAGAUAUUCCUGAUAAAGAUCUUGUAAGAGCAUUACAAAGUUUGGCGAUGGGAAAAGCAACUCAAAGAAUAUUAAUUAAAUCACCUAAAACCAAAGAAAUAGAAUCAAAUCAUUAUUUUACUGUAAAUGAUUCUUUUACUUCAAGAUUACAUAGAGUAAAAAUUCAAGCAGUUGCUGCUAAAGGAGAAUCAGAACCAGAAAGAAAAGAAACUAGAAAUAAAGUAGAUGAAGAUAGAAAACAUGAAUAUCCUUUUACAGAAUUUACUUCAGAUACUGUUUAUGGAGAAGUAUUUACUUCGCAUUNGAUUGAAAGAGAAUAUCUUGCCAGGACACCUGAAGACAGAAAAAUAUAUACAUAUGUUGCAUGAGCAUCCUAAGACAUUUUCACUUUGUGAGAAAAUUACCACAAGAAGUCAUCAUAUUGUGUUUAUGUGAACUGAAAUAUUUCAAUUGAAAACAAACUUAAUUCAAAAUUCAAGCUGAAAAAUUUUUUGGACAGCAAUUAGUCAAUUACUCAAACUGUGAAAAAGUGAAAUGAACACAAUAUUUUGUGCUAUCUUUGAAAGUUUUGAAAAUGAGUGUGAUUUAUUCUACAAAUCUUGUAAUUCACUAUGGAUUAAAAAAAUAAUAAUAAUUUAAAGGUAGAGUGGGGAUAACUACGGCUUUUGCCUUAAUGAGAACUCUUCGACUCCCCAUGUACAGUUAGAACAGCACAUUUAUAUAUGUUAAGUAUAGAAGACUUCUUAAUUAAAAUAGCUCAAGAAUUCAUUUUUUCAGUGUAAGCUUUGAAUUCUUCUUUGUCCAAGAGCAUUUACUUCGCAUUGUCUAUAGUUCUGCCAGUUAAACAAGAAAAUCAGUUACUGAAUGGCAGGUAGAACUGGGAUUAAAGAGACAGUAAACACAA